GCCGCCUCGACGCAGGAUGGAGAACUACAUCGUGCUGCGACCGCUCGCCGACGCCAUCUACGGGCGCAUCCUCCUCUGCCGACACGUCUCGACCUCGGCGGUCGUCGCCAUCAAGCUCAUCGACAUGGCCCAUGCGACCGCCCACACGACGGUUGCCGACGGCCACACGGUCGACGAGAACGUCGUGAACGAGCUCGCCGUGAACCUCGCCGUGCGCGACGCCGGCGGCCACGACCACAUUUGCCCACUCCAAGCGCACUUCUACUUUGACCAAGUCCUCGAGGGCAAUGACGCGGGUACGCGCACGAUGCUGGCGCUUGUCUUUGCCUACUGCCCGCAAAAGGAGCUGCUCGCAACGCUCUCGGCGGCGACGCGCUUUGCCGAGGCGCUCGCGCUGCGCUACCUCACGGAAAUCAACGCGGCGCUGACGUUUUUGCACACGCGCCACUUUGCGCACCGCGACGUGUCGCUCGAGAACGUGCUCUUGACGGCCUCGGGCGCGUGCCAGCUGUGCGACUUUGGCUUGGCAACCGCGGCCGCAACGCCCGCCGCCGAGCCGGUCGGAAAGCUCUUGUACAUGGCACCCGAGGUGCGCCGCGGCGGCACGUACGCACCCAUGCAGGCCGACAUGUGGUCGCUCGGCGUUGCGCUCUUCACGAUGGUCGUCGGGCGGUACCCAUUCAACGAGGCGGUCGCGACCGAUGGCUUCUACGCCGCGUACCGCCGGGGCGGCCUCGCGAGCCUCCUCCACGCGCACAACGCCCACGUGCCGUCAAGUGACGUGCAGCACAUUCUGCGGCACCUCCUGCAACUGCUCGUGCCACCGCCGACCAAUCAUGCAGCCAAGAAGCCGUCGUUCUCCAGCCGUCUCAAGUCCACGUGGCGUCGGUGGCGGCCGUGGGCGCGGCGUGUGUCCGUGCCCACCUCGGCCGCGUAGACGAGCGUCCUGCAUAUGUGUUCCGUCGCCGUACUUUUGAAAUCCGUUUUUUAAUCUUAUUGUUUCUGCUUCCACCGCUUGCC